UUCAAUUUUGGAUCUUGAAGCUGUCUUGGCCAUGGUCCUAUCCAAUUCCAAAGACCCAAUAAUUCUAUCAUUAACACUCACAACUCUUAUCAAUCUUGAAAUCCCAAACCUUAUCAUUCCCGGAAGCAAAAAAAUCCACCGAUUGUAGUACUAAUUCAUGCUUUUCAUGGGCUUUCUUCUUCAUUGCACUUGUGCUGCUCCAUGGCCAAUUCAUUCUCUUACACUCACUUCAUUUCGUCUUCUUUGAAGCCACUUCUCAAAUUACCCAUCACUCGUUUCCAUCUCCUUUUAAUCUUUCUGCAUACCCUUUUAUAACUCUUCAAUUUAGUUACAAACCAUCAAAAAUCUCCAAAUCGGAGUGGGGUUCUUGUUCUACAAGUUUGAUUUUCACCCUAAAUCGAUUGAUUUCUACAAGUGUAGCUUGUUGGCUUACCAUCAGUAAUCAACCGAUCAUUCAUUCAACAGUCUUGAAGAUCACCGAUAAGUCAAUCAGUUUCGGGGAUUGUAAAGGAUUGAGGAAUCUCCGCCCCCAUAAAUCAAUCUCCGAAACCCAUCGAUUAAAUCAACUAAAAUGGCAUCUGUAUUUUUGUAUCACGUGGUGGGUGAUCUAACGGUGGGGAAACCGGAGCUGGUUGAGUUCACCGAGAAUGAGACGGUGGAGGCUGCGAUUAAGGCAAUCGGAGAGUCGACGGAGUGCGGGAUAGCGAUUUGGAAGAGGAAGUCGGUGCAGAAGGGUUUGAUUGAAAACGCAGAAACGAGGCAUCAGAGAUUUGUGGGUAUCCUAAAUCCACUUGAUAUUGUUGCUUUCUUGGCGAGAGAUGAAUGUUUGAACGAUCAGGAGAAAGCUCUGAAGACAACUGUUUCUGAUGUUGUUGUUCCUGAUGCUACUUUGCUCAAGGAAGUUGAUCCUGGCACAAGAUUAAUAGACGCAUUAGAGAUAAUGAAGCACGGUGUGAGACGUCUUCUAGUUCCAAAAAGCAUCGGUUGGCGAGGCAUGAGCAAACGCUUCUCGAUUCUCUACAACGGAAAAUGGCUCAAAAACAUCGACAGUAAUCCAAACAUCACGAUACCCAAUAACAUUAACCGAUCUUCAACUUCUGUGGCAGCCUCCACCACCAUCAUCCGUGACAAAUACUGUUGUCUUUCACGGGAAGACGUAAUCCGCUUCCUCAUCGGUUGUCUCGGAGCUUUAGCUCCCCUUCCCCUAUCUUCUAUCUCAUCUCUGGGUGCCAUUAAUCCAAAUUACUGCUCCAUAGAAGCAUCAGAGCCAGCAAUCGAAGCCGCCCGCCAGAUUCCUCGCGAACCGAGUGCGUUCGCAAUCGUGGAGCCCACACCAGACGGUCAACACAAGAUUCUUGGCGAAAUCUCGGCUUCCAAAUUGUGGAAAUGCGAUUAUUUAGCUGCUGCGUGGGCCCUUGCUAACCUCUCCGCUGGUCAGUUCGUGACAGGUGUCGAGGAUAACGUGUCUUCGAGGUCGCUUCCGGAGUUUUUGGUAGCCGGAAACGGUGCAAAUUUAGCGAACGGCGGCAGUGGUGGUGGCAGCCGAUUGAUGAGGCAACGCACAUUCAGCAGCCGGGGCGUUGGUUUCUUCAACAACCCUUCGAGUCAAACUUUCGGUGUUAAUCGGAGCAUGUACCGGGGUCGGAGCGUGCCGUUAACAUGUAAAGUGACGAGCUCGUUGGCUGCAGUCAUGGCACAGAUGUUGUCUCAUCGGGCGACACAUGUUUGGGUGACAGAGGCCGAAAACAACGAUGUGUUAGUGGGGUUGGUCGGGUAUGCCGAUAUCUUAGCCGUUGUGACCCAGACCCGAUCGCCUGCAGCCUGUAUCCCAGAGGCUCAAUCAACAGAAAGGUAAAAGAAGACGCGAUGAAUGAAGAAUGUCUUGAGUUGGGGUGCAUUUUAUUCAGUAUUAUUAUUAUUUUUAUUAUGUACAUUUUAAGAUACAUGAAUUGGAGCCGUUUUGUUUAAUGCAUGGAGUUGAGUUAUAUAGAUUGUAUUUUUUGUCGAAUUCUAUUUGUAUUCAAACUUGGUGUUUAUAUAUCUGAGCUGCAUUUAUUAUCUA